AUGGCGAGCCGAACGUUACGCGUGUGUCGCGGACGAGGGACAGAGUUCCCGAAUUGGAAGGAUCCGUGGGAAUACUGGAGCAUCGGCUCUGUUGUCGUGGUCGAAGGAUCUGGCGAGAUGGUAGCAUUGGCUCUCUUGUCACGAGCAUAG